AUGUCUUUGUCCCAAUGGAAAUUAGACUAUAGUCAUUCUUCGAGAAAUUGCCGAACAUCGGACAAUUCUUUCAAUCCACCCGGUUUUUAUUCAACAUCGGCCGCAAUUCAACACAAUAUUGAAAACGAAAAUUCAGCCAAUCAACAAGAGCAUUUGGCAAGAAAAAGAGCAUGGGAUACUGCAAUUGGACCAGUCAAAAGUCUGCCAAUGAAUAUGUUUAUGAUGUAUAUGGCUGGUGGUGGAGUGAGUUGUUAAUUGAAAUUAAUCAAUAAAAAGGAAAUUAAUUGAUUUGGGGAUUUUUCAGGUAUCGAUUUUCCCAAUUAUGAUGGUUGGAAUGAUGUUGUGGAGACCUUUCAAGACACUGCUUUCGGUUAACACGAUUUUCAAGCCUUUAGAGGUAAUUUUUUUUGAACAAUGUUGAAAUGACGUGGAUAGUUUUAGAAUUUACGGCUCAAAAAAUGGCGAAAACUGUCGUUCAAAAAAAAAUAUUAAAUUUGACUCGAAAAAUUUCACAUUUGAAAUUGUUUUCUAAAAAAUUCAAACUCCACGUGGCAAAAUCUCGCGAAAUUCAAUAAAAAUUUUCCAGUCGCCGGCCACUGGUUCAAUGAUUCUUCACAAAAUCAUCUUCGUUCUCGGAAACAUCGGAGCCAUCUGUUUGGGUGUCUACAAAGUUCACACAAUGGGUCUUCUUCCAAACACACCAUCUGAUUGGCUCGAAUUCAUUCCACAAGCUGGUCGAGCACAAUACAGUAUAGUCGAUGACACGUAUUUCUAG